UCUACCCAGAAAGAAACAGAUCCCUCUGUUCCUCUCAGUUCCUCUCUUCCUCCCUCUCUCUCCCCCCAAUGGAUAGACACGUACAAGCUCUGUUGAAUCGCCUAUCCUGCGUAGCUGUCACCAUUGCUACCUUCACGCUCCUCCUCCUCUUCAUCCGAACACCAGAGACAUGCAUCUCAGACUCAGACCCAAGGGCCGCAAAGAUCAAAUUCCCGAGAUCCUCCUGCGACUCCACCCACCGCGAGAUCAUCUCCCUCGAGAAGAAGAACAGGCGCCUUUGGUCCACCAAAAUCUGGCGAAAGAAUGUCGAUUCCUACACCGAGCUAUUCCAUGGAAUUCAAAGUAUGGGGUUCCUCACUAUCCACUCGAGGGUCCUCUGCGUCUCUGCCGGCGCCGGCCACGAAGUAAAGGCAUUAUUGGAAAUGGGCGUAACCGAUGUCACUGGAGUUGAACUCAUUGAUUCGCUGCCUCUGGUGAGUAGAGCAGAUCCUCAUAAUCUUCCUUUCUUCGAUGGGGUCUUCGAUGUAGGUUUCAGCGCUCACUUUUCGGAGUCUUUGUUUCCUUCUCGGUUCGUUUCCGAGAUGAAAAGGACGGUUCGGCCAGGUGGGGUUUGUAUACUUGCCGUCCAGCUUUGCUCGGAUGAGGAAUUACGGGAAAUUACGGGUUUGUUUAAGAGAUCGAAACUUGUUGGUGCUCGUAAUAUCACGUUAAUUGGAUUGAAAAUGACUGAGAUCAUAAUGAGAAACAGAGGUCCUCCUUGAAUUAUUCAUUUUUUUUUUCUGUUCUUAUGGAAUGUUAAAUUUAUUUGCCUCUGCUGUUCUUUUGUUCUUUGUUUUUUUUUCGCAUACGUGUGGACAAAUUUACGAAUUUGGCGCAGUUGUAGCUGAUCAAACUAUUGUAAUUUGUAAAUCCGUAUCAAACAGAAAAUGUACGUGGCAAUUUUUAUUUCCUCUUUCUGGUAUAG